UCGCUCAAGCUGCUCCUCACCCUGUCCAGUCAUUGUUCCUUCCCAUCUCCCUUCCCCUUUCAUCCUAAAAACUUUAAGAGCCGCUGGCUUCUCCCGGUACCUAGCGUCUCUCCGUCUUCGGUGGGUCAGACGUGCAGGAUGGAGGGCUGCUUGGGGGUGGAAUCUUUUCAGAUGUGGGAGCUCAACCGACGUCUAGAGGCCUACCUGGCUCGGGUCAAGGCGCUAGAGGAACAUUAUGAGCUGCUCAGCGCGGAGCUCGUCGGUCUCCGGGCACAGUCCGGGGACUCUUCCUGGCGGGCCCGUGCCAACGACGAACUGGCAGAACUGCGGGCCCUCGUCGACCAGCGCUGGCGGGAGAAGCACGCGGCCGAGCUGGCGCGCGACAGCCUGAGGGAAGAGGUGGAGAGNGAGGGAAGAGGUGGAGAGCGUGGCGGGCCGGAGCUCGCGCGACUGCUCGGCGAGGCGUGGCGCGGGGCCGUGCGCGGCUACCAGGAGCGCGUGGCGCACAUGGAAACAGCGCUGGGCCAGGCCCGCCAGAGGCUGGAUCGCGUGGCGCAGGGCGCCCGCAAGGGACGCCUGGAGCUGCAGCAGCUCCAGGCCGAGCACGGCGGCCUCCAGGAGCGCAGGGCAGCCCUGGAGCAGAGACUGGAGGGCCGCUGGCAGGAGCAACUGAGUGCCACUGAGAAGUUCCAGCUGGCGGUGGAGGCGCUGGAGCAGGAGAAACAGGACCUACAGAGUCAGAUUGCCCAGGUCCUGGAAGGUCGGCAGCAGCUGGCACACCUCAAGAUGUCCCUCAGCCUGGAGGUGGCCACAUACAGGACCCUCCUAGAGGCUGAGAACUCCCGACUGCAGUUACCUGGUGGUGGUUCCAAGGCUUCCUUCAGCUUCCAUGACUCCAAGCUGGAGCUUCAUUUUCCUGGGACCCCAGAGGGCCAGCGUCUAGGACCUUUGCUCUCUGUCCUGGGCCCUACUCCCCUCUCCUUACCCUUACCUGAUACCCUUGAGACACCUGUUCCAGUCUUUCUGAAGAGCCAGGAAUUUCUCCAGACCCGUAUCCCCACCUUGGCCAGCACCCCAAUCCCACCCACACCUCAGGCUCCCUGCCCUGCUACAGAUGGAGAGAUCAGAGUCCAAGAUGCCCCUCUUGCUGUGCCCCAACCAGAGGUUGGGAGGCAACAGUGGGCUGAAGCCAAUGUAGCCAUUCCUGCCAGCAUCCUGCCAGGACCAGAGGAGCCUGGGGGCAAGCAGCAAAAGUCCAGUACAGACAAGUUCCCUGAGGAUCAUGCUUCCUUGGCCCCACCCCUUAGCCUUGAUCACCCCAGUUUAGAGGCCAGAGAUGGAGAACCCAGUGAGACUAGAGUGUCCAGCAGAUUCCAGGAGGAAGGUGAAGGGCAAAUGUGGGAGCUGACAGAGAAAGAAAUAGCCAUAGAGGUCAAAGUGGUAAGCAGCUUGCAGCAGCAAAUGCAGCAAGAAGAGGGGGAUCCAGACAUGAAAGAAAUCCAGGACUCCCAGGGUCCUUUGAAAAAAGAAACUCUGAAGUCUCUGGAAGAGGAAAUUCAAGAACCACUGAUGUUUCCAGAAAAACAGAGCCAUGAGAUACUGAGAUCUCUAGAGAAGGAGAAUCAAGAACUAUUGAAGUCUUUAGAAGAAAAGGACAUGGAGGUAGUAAGAACUCUAGAAAAAGAAACUCUAGAACUACUUAAGCCUAUAGGAAAAGAGGACCCACAGACAUUGCAAUCACUAGAAAAGGAGAAUCAAGAACUAAUGAGAUCUCUUGAAGAUAAUCUACAGACAUUUUUAUAUCCAGGGAAGGAAAAUCAAGAAUUAGUGAGAUCUGUAGAAGGGGAGAACUUUGUGUCCUUGAGAGCACUAGAAAAAGAAAAUCAAGAGCCACUGAGGUCUCUAGAAGAAAAUAAUCAAGAGACCUUGGGAUCUCUAGAAAAAGAGAACCAGGAACCACUGAGGUCUCUAGAAGAAAAUAAUCAAGAGACCUUGGGAUCUCUAGAAAAAGAGAACCAGGAACCACUGAGGUCUCUAGAAGAAAAUAAUCAAGAGACCUUGGGAUCUCUAGAAAAAGAGAACCAGGAACCACUGAGGUCUCUAGAAGAAAAUAAUCAAGAGACCUUGGGAUCUCUAGAAAAAGAGAACCAGGAACCACUGAGGUCUCUAGAAGAAAAUAAUCAAGAGACCUUGGGAUCUCUAGAAAAAGAGAACCAGGAACCACUGAGGUCUCUAGAAGAAAAUAAUCAAGAGACCUUGGGAUCUCUAGAAAAAGAGAACCAGGAACCACUGAGGUCUCUAGAAGAAAAUAAUCAAGAGACCUUGGGAUCUCUAGAAAAAGAGAACCAGGAACCACUGAGGUCUCUAGAAGAAAAUAAUCAAGAGACCUUGGGAUCUCUAGAAAAAGAGAACCAGGAACCACUGAGGUCUCUAGAAGAAAAUAAUCAAGAGACCUUGGGAUCUCUAGAAAAAGAGAACCAGGAACCACUGAGGUCUCUAGAAGAAAAUAAUCAAGAGACCUUGGGAUCUCUAGAAAAAGAGAACCAGGAACCACUGAGGUCUCUAGAAGAAAAUAAUCAAGAGACCUUGGGAUCUCUAGAAAAAGAGAACCAGGAACCACUGAGGUCUCUAGAAGAAAAUAAUCAAGAGACCUUGGGAUCUCUAGAAAAAGAGAACCAGGAACCACUGGGGUCUCUAGAGGAAGAGAAUCAAGAAACCUUGAGAUCUCUAGAAAAAGAGAACCAGGAACCACUGAGGUCUCUAGAAGAAGAGGACCAAGAAACAAAAAGACCUCCAGAAAAAGAAAACCAGGAACCACUGAGGUCUCCAGAAGAUGAAAACCAGGAGACAAUGAGACCUCUAGAAAAAGAGACUCAACAGCCACUGAGGUCUCUAGGAGAAGACCAAAUGAUAUUGAGACCUCUGGAAAAGGUGGAACCAGAGCCACUGAAAUCUCUUGGAAAAGACCAGGAGAUAUUUAGACCUCUUGAAAAAGAGAAUCAAGAGUUAUUAAGGCCCCUAAAAGAAGAGAGUGUAGAGGCAGUAAGAUGUUUAGAAACAGAGAAUCUAGAAUCAAUAAAGUCUUCAGGAGAGGAUCUGGAAAUAUUAAAGUCUACAGAAACUCAAGAGCCAUUGUGGUCUCCGGAAGAAAUGAAUGGGGAGACAAUGAAACCUCUAGAAAAGGAAAUCCAAGAACCACUGGGGUCUGUGGAAGAGAACCAAGAGUCAUUGAAACCCCUAGAAAAGGAGAAUCAAGAAUCUCUAUCUCUGGGAGAGUGGAACCUAGGUUUGAGAUCUCCGGAAGAGGUAGACAGGGAAAGUCAAAAGUACCUGGAAGAGGAAGAGAACCUGGAGAAGGCAGAGAACCAAGAGUCGCUGAGACCUCUGGAAGAGGAGGGACAGGAGCUGCUGCUGUCUGCGGAUCAGCAGAGGUGGGAAGAUAUGGUGGAGAGCCAAGAAUUGGAUCAGGAAAUGCCCUCUGGGAGGGCUGGAGUGGGCAAUGAGGAUGAGGCAGAGCUGGACCUGAGGGAAUGUGAUGGCUUCUCUGGAAAAGAGGAAUCUGCAGAGGAGGGAGAGCUGCAGCUAACUGUCGCAGGGGGCGCCUGGAGCACAGGUGAGGGACACCCAGGGAGCCCAGAGCCCAAAGAGCAGAGGGAUCCAGCUGAGGGCACCAGUAGGGAGGGAGGUGGUGAGGGCCUUCAGGACCUUGAAGGGCAGCCAGAGAACAUGGGGGACCCAGGCCUUCAAGUUCCCUGGGGAAUGUCAGAGGUGAUAGAGCCAGCGUUGGAAAAUGAGGAUGAGGCCCCAGGGGGUGACCAAGUCUCCCCAGAGGUCACUUUGGGGUUGGAGACAGCCAUGGGUGAGUCUGCUUCAGGAGCUGAGCAGGGACUGGAAGAGGAGGUGGUAGGCUUGGAGUUCCCAGGCCACCUGGCCAGAGAGGAGGUGAUGGAGCCUCUCCUGGGGGAAGAAGGUUUGGAGGCAAAGAGGGUGCAGGGCUUGGGAAGGCCUGGAAAGGACCUAGAGGAGGAUGCUGCUCUGGAGCCAGAGCUUCCCAUACUGCUCAGGAAGAGCAGAGACUCUCUGGAGUCUCACGGGACUGGGGAGAAGUUGGAGCCUGAGGUCCCCUGGGGAGAAGAGGAGGAGUUCCCUGCUGAGACCUUGUGCCAUGAUGGAAGUGAUACCCCUCAACCCAGGCCCCUGGGGUCAGAGGAAGCUGAGAAGGAUGCAGAACCAGUGCCAGGGCCCUCCAACCCAAGGCCCCCUGAGCCCUGUUUGCUCACCCUAAUCCCCAAAGAUGCCCCUGAGUCCCAGCCCCCAGCUGAAGGGAACCAGGAGGCUAGCUGGGGGCUGACAGGAAGGGCUGAGGCCCUGGAAAAGGUGGGGGGCGAGGAGGAGGAGUUGGGUCCUGGGGGGCUCCCUCCGGCCCUCCAGGAUGAGGCGGAGGAGAGCAGAGAUGAGAGCGAGGCUGAUGAGCUGGGAGAGACCCUUCCUGACUCCACUCCCCUGGCCCUCUACCUCAGUUCCCCUGCCUCAUCCAAGUGGGACCCAGCUGGAGAGCAGAGGCCCUCCCCUCAAGGCGAGACCAGAAGGGAAGGCUGGGAUUUUGCUGUCCUGACCCCUGAGGGCCAAGGGACCCAUCCAGAGGAGGAAGAGGAGGAGAGGGGGGGAGAUGAGGGUCAGGAAUGUGGCCAGGACUCUGACCUGUCGGAGGAAUUUGAGAACAACGUGGGGACUGAGGCUUCUGUCCUUCCUGGGGUCCCUGGGGAAUUGAUGGAGCCCCUGGGCCAGGUGUCCCAGGUGCUCCUGGAGCCUGCAGCCUGGGGUCAGGAUGGGGAGUCUGAUGGGUUUGCAGAUGAGGAAGAAAGUGGAGAGGAGGAAGAGGAGGAAGAGGAAGAGGAGGGAGGGGAGCCAGGGGCCGGGCAGUGGGAGCCAGGGCCCUCUGCUGGCAGCCUUCCUGCCCUGAGCAGCGCUCAGAGCAGCAACCCCUUGGGGUCUGAGGCUGUGGAUGUCAGCGCCCCCUGGGAUGAUGGCUCCAGGGGUGCAGCAGCUGAUCCCCCUACGACAGCCCUAGAGACUGAGUCCCAGGACAGCACUGAGCCCUCCGGCUCAGAGGAAGAGUCUGACGAUGCUCCCUUGGAGGGGGAGGACCAAGUUCCUGGCCCUCUGGGGACCCUCAGUGGGACAGAGGAUACCCCUGGUGUCAAUGGCCAGGGCCCCAGCCUGAAGAAAGAGUUGGAGCAUGUGAAUGGGGGGUUGGUGAAUGGGGUGGAGCAGUCUGAAGGAGCGGGGCAGGGAAAACUGGGGGCCCUUGAGGGGGACCAAGGGAGCCCUUUGGAAGAGGAGGAGGGGGGUGCCCUGAAGACCCCUUCUGCAGCCAUUCCUCUUCAUCUGGGCCCAGGCCAGUUCCUGAAGUUCACACAGCGGGAAGGAGAUGGGGAUUCAUGGUCCUCAGGGGAGGAUUAGAGACAGUGCUCAUCCUGCACUUCGAACUUUAGUGGGGACAUGUCCCCAAGCCCCCUCCCUGCUCAGGGCCAGCACCUUAACUUAUGAUCUCCUGUCCUGUGGUAUCCAUCCGAGCGGCCUGGCUGGCCAAAGUGAAAUGGGUGUGGAAAAGGGACAGCUGUUCCAAGAAUGGAGGCUCCAGGAAUAAAAACCAGCCCCUCAGACCCUGCAAAGGGGACACGCUGCCUGCAUUGUCCCGUGAGGUUUAAGCCAGCUGAACCCCUAUAGGACUAGGCCCCUUUUCCUUGCACCCCCUUUCCCCCUCAUUCCUUUAGCUGGAAAAGGCCUGGGGCCCUGCGGCUCCUCCAAGGAGAGGGUGGCUGUGGUGGCCUUUGUGCUGGGGUUCACCAGCCCUGCCUCUCCUCACUCUCCACCCUUAUGGGGUGUCUGCUCCUGUGUCCUGACCCCCCAUAUUCCUGCCCCAUGUGGCCCUGUCUAGCUCGUCACUGCUUGAAUAAAGUAAUGCUUCUACCGACAAA